UUAUCAAAUUUUUAUAUAAAAUGAUUAAGUUCUGUUAAUUUAUAAAAUGACUCAAAAUGUCAAUAAACCAACAAUUAUUCACAAAUUGAUUCAAAAUUCACUAAAUGUUACGAUAAAAAAAUCGGAAAGACAACAGAAUCUACUGAACCAACCAGAACAUCCCAGACAUUACGUUGGUCACCUUUAUGGAAGAAUUUCUGGAAUUACAGAUACUGAAAAUAAGUAUCUAAAUGUAGAAGAUUUGGAUGAUGUGGUUCGUUCCAUAGUAUACUUGAGUAUAUUACACAACAAGAAUGUGCUGGUAGACUUAAACGAUUCAUAUACAAGAACAGCUAACGAAAUUAGUAAAAUUAAUAAAAGUGGAGUAAAUAAUGAAAUUCUUGGGAGUUUGAAUGAAAACACCAACUCUACAGGUUCAUUGAAGUCUGAACUCCUUCUUGUUCUGGAAAAGGUCCAGUCAUUUCUGAUCUCAAAUGCCUCAAUUUUAAUGUCAUUCCCUGAAUACUUUACCAUUACAGAUAUAAUUAGUGAAAAUGAGAUAAAGAAGGCAUACUUGAACGUAUCAGAUGAGAGAGUAUUAUUUGAAAUGUUCCUAGACUAUGGAACAUCUACACAUAAUGUCACAUUUUUACAAAAGUUGGUUGCUGAGAUGUGGGAAACAGACGAGAAUGUAAGUAAAGAAGUCUUCAUAAAUAUCUUUGGAUCUCUGAGGAAAAGAUUAAUCCUUAGAACACUAAAAUCCAACGCUUCAAGUGAAGCUAAAUUGUUAACGGAGCUGUUUGCUUACAAACCAUUAGUGGAACUUUUCCUUUAUAAUGUAGUACCAGUUGAGUUGUACCAUGAAAUGGGUCUUUCAUCAGGGGUUAAAAUAGAGCUAACUUCGUUUUUUGGAAGAUUUCUAGGAGUUACAACCCUGGACGAAGAACAAUAUGAAGUGUCUAAACUGCUUGGUAUUAAACAACUAUAUGAAGGAGCAAAAGUGGAUAGAACAAGUGACUUUUAUGGAAAAAAGGAUCUCAAUCACCUAAAGUCAGUGUUUAAUUCUAAAAGAUUCGAAAGCGAACACUCAAUGAAUAACUUUGUUCAGCUGGUAAAGGUUAUUUUAAAAGUGGAUUCAAGAGUGAGGAACAGGUUUUUAUCGGUUAUGGGAAGGUUCAUAUCAUUUAACACUAAUCGCAAGAAAAUGUAUGGUUUAACACAUAUUGAAACGCCCCCAAUUUCAUUUGAUGAAAUGUACUUUCGUAGACUAGUUUUAUUACCCGAUAAUUCAUUUGGAUUCUGCGUUAACUUUACAUGGCUUCUCCUGUUGCUGGCCCAGGGUAUCACAAUACCUAAAUCUGAUGAGAUCGACCCUUCUUACUGCCAAGCAGUUAACUUGAUAAACCAAGAAUUGGAAGGUUUAGAAAAUGAAUCAAAUGAAGAUUCUGAAGCGGUAGCAGAUAAGGUGCAAGACCUUGGAGAAAUGGAAAAGGAAAUGAACAAAAUCCUUGGGUUUUUAGCAACAGCAUCAUGCAUGGGAGAUGAAAACCAAGUUAAAAGUUCAUUAAAACUGCUGAAGUCUAACCCCUCUGACCUGUACAAUAGUAAGUUCAUAACUCAAAUAUUCUGGCUCACACUCAAGUCAUUAAACAUGAUGUUUCUCCCAAGCCUGCAGGAAAACUUGAAAAUACUGAACAAGACUUUAGAGUAUGCAAACUCGUCGUCAAAUUUGGGAAUUAAUGAUGAUAAGCUGGCAAACUACAUUUCCUACGUGUAUGUUUGGAGAACAGCACUACAGCACCCAUCACUCCUUAAAGCUCUUUGGCACUAUGUUCACAUAUCAUUCAGACUAUUUCUUCGCUGUUUUCUGUUAUAUGAUAAGGAAGGCAAUGUAAAGAGUGAUUACAAAGGUUUGUAUGAUACUUCAAGUAAUAAGUUUGGACCUAUGGUGGAGAAGUACUGUGAUAAGGUCCUGACCGCAGAUGCUGGAGUAUCAUCACCUCAAUUUACAGUUUUACCAGUUGACCUUAUAGAAAAUGUUCUAGAUUUGAUAAAAAACAUGACAAUUCUGAAACAUUAUGACCACUAUAUAAAGCCAAAUGACACAGAUCCCUUGGAGUUUAUGGAUUUUGAGCUGGUGGUAACGGUGUGCAUAUUUAUAAUGAAGUGCCCAAACAACGUAAUUAAAAACAUACACAUUAAGUGUGACAUGGCCUGUUCUACGAUCUUAUACUUGUGUAAGUUUUCAAAAGACUCAGUGUCAAGAUUCGAGACCAUUAACGUGUGCAAGCUACACCUGAUGGACGCGCUUGUCAGGACUUUCAUAUCCUCACAAAAAUCCAACUACAACACGAGAAUUUCGUCAAGACUAAACAUAAUUCAAAGUUUUACUCAGUUUUUUGUUCUAGAAUCAUAUCGGAAGAACUUUGUCACAUGUAUCAUAUCUAAGAAGGACCUGUUCAUUCAGUUCAUGCACCUGCUGCUAAACGACACUAACUUCCUUAUCGAGGAGGUCGUCUCAUACUUGACUGAGAUCAGGAGACGUGAAAUCGCAGGAAUCUCCUUGGAUGAAGCCGCUACUGAGGACCAGCAGUCUGGCGAAAAUAAUGAAAACGCGGAAGAUCAGUACGUGCAAGAGGGUGCAAUUGACGCUAACCAGCUAAGGUCAAUGGCAGGCCCUGAACUUAAGGGCAGAACCAGGAGUUUUGUAGAGUACGGGUUUGAGAUAUGUUUGCUUUUACAUAUUCUCUGUUCAGAGUUCCCGUCAGACAUCACUAGUAGUUCAGUGCUCCUACCUCAAGUUGUUACGUGUCUGGGGUGCUGCUUGGAAAGCCUAGCUGGUCCUAAAUGCCUUCAACUUAAGGUUAAAAACAUGGAUGAAUACGGUUUUAAGCCAAAAGAGUGGCUUUCUAAGAUUAUGCAAUGUUAUAUUUCACUGUAUGAACACAACGACUCCGAUGAGGUCACCCCCUUCGUUAAGGCUGUGGUCAAUGACGAGCGUUACUACAAGCCUGAGAUUUUCAACAGGUGUAUAAGAUUUUCCACUCGAGAAAUGUUCCUCAACUACAGAAACAUUAAAUCAUUCAAUAAUCUGAGCAAUAAACUUCUAGAGUACGCCAAACAAACCAGCAUGCUAUACGACAAUGCUGUAACCGAUGAGAUACCCGAGAACUACCUUGACCCUAUAAUGAUGGACAUUAUGGAGGACCCUGUUUUAUUACCAACCAGUGGCAAGAUUAUGGAUCGCAAGAACAUUGAACGCCAUUUAAUGUCUGAAUCUACCGACCCGUUCACUCGUGCACCACUUGAGCGUGACCAGCUCAUUGAGCAGCCUGAGCUCAAGGAAGAAAUUUCUACUUUCCUAAAAUCUUUAAUCAAAUCCAACUCUACUUCUACCUAACUGUAUUUUUUACCUAAUCGGACCAUUUUAAUAAUCAAACUCGCUUAAUAUUUUUAUCUACUUA